AUGUCCGAAAAAAAGUCCGAGGGUAAUAGCAUUUUAAAAACAUUAACGUCCAGCUCGACAUGGGUGUCACCAUUUAGAUCCAAUGGUGAGACCGAAGGUGACAAGUCUGGCCCUAAGAAACAAAAGGUUUCCUUACUUCAACAAUUCAAAGAGUCUAAUAAGAUUGAUAAGAUUAAGGUCCCCGAAAAGUUCACCAGACAUCCAACAUUAGAAGCUGAAAAGAGAGCUGCAAAGGAGGCUGAAAAAAAGGCAAAGGAAGAAGCCUUAGCCAAGGAAAAGGAAGCUAAGGAAGCUAAGGAAACUAAGGAAGCUAAGGAAGCCGAAGAAGCUACCGGAGAUGCAGAAGCAGAAACUGAAGCCGAAGCUGAAGCAAAGACGGAGCCAAUUGAAGGUGAUCUUAAAGAUAAAGAAGUAACUGCAGACAUAUCUAAGGAUGCAGAAGAUGAAGCCGACCUUGCCGAACAAGAAGAAGUUGAACCUGUUGCACCAGAAAAGCCAAAACAUGAUGCAACUCCGCUUGACAAUACAUCUUCGAAAUAUGACGAUGAAGAACCAGUUCCAACUGAUGCAAAGAUUCCAGCUGAUGUACCCGAAGAAAUUGAGGAAGACAAAGAAGAAGAGCCAGUUGCUGCAGAAGAGGAAGAAAUUGAAUUAGUCACUCAACCAACAACUACCAAAUCUACACCAGCUCCAUCAGCAACCAAAGAAAUCGAAGAUAAGCUCAAGGAAAAGCCAAUAUUAUUGAAGAAGUACCAAGAUCUUAGUUUAGCAGCCACUUCUGCUGUCAAUAAAGAAAUUGACGAUCCACAUCGUGAAAUUGAUUUAGGUCUGGGUUUGAAAAUGACCCAAGCUCAAUUGAUGGAGAUUGCAGCUAAAAGAGUAGCUCCUGUUCUUGCAAAUAUCAAUGAAGAAGUCAGCAAGACCAGACAAGAAGAUGAAAUUAAGCACCAACAAGACAUCGAUGCCAAAACCAAGAAGCACGAAGGUAAAUUACAAGGUGAAUUUCAGAAAUACUUGGGUAAGCUUGGUAAAAAGAAGGAUAAAUUCAACACCGAGAUUGAGGGCAAGCUUGCUAAUUUGACGAGAUCAAUGAAGGAAGCUGAUGAUACAGCUGUUGCAUUUGACAAGCAAACCAAGGACGAAAUUGAAACCAGUAAUAAAGAAUAUGAAGAUCGUGAAACCAAGGCUGUAGAACAACAUGAAACUGAUAAGGAAAACUUGAUCAAGAACCAUGAAGAAUUAGUCACCACCAAGAAGCAAGAACUUGAAGAUGCCAUUGCUGGUCACGAAACUACCACCCAAGAAAUUGAAACCUUGCAAGAACAAAAGAACGACUAUGAUAACAAAAACUCUGAACUUUUGUCCAAGAUUGAAGAAUUGGAAGCUAAAUUGAACGAAGAAACCGAAAAGUUGAAUGACUUAAAGUCUAAGCAUACCUUACAUCAAGAUGCUAUUACUGCCAACUUAUCACGUAAGGAUGAACUUGACAAAAACAUUGCUACCCUGAAGGAAAACUUAGACGAAAAGAAGAAAAAGCAUGCUGGUCUCGUUGCUGAAAUUGGUCUUCUCACCACUGCUAUUGGUGCAUAUGGCGCCAAACUCGCUUCUUUACACUCAGAUAAGGAACAGAGAGCAACUAGACUCGAUGAAGCUAAGGACAAGUAUAAUUCUUGGCAUGCUGAAAAACGUGACAUGGCUGAACAAGUAGCUCGUGAACACGAAAGAAAGAGAAUCGAAGCUGAAGAAGAGUACCAAACUAGAAAGCACCAAGAAGAGCUUGAAAGACAAAGACUCAAAGAAGAACGUGAACGUCAAGAACAAGAGGAAAAGGAAGAACAAGAACGUAAGCUUCAAAAGGAACGUGAAGAACGUGAACGUCUUGAAAAGGAACAAGCUGAAUGGGAAGCCAAGGAGAAAUUAGUUCAAGAACAACAAAAACGUGAAGAAGAGGAAAGAAGGAAGAACGACCCUGAAAUUCAACUUGCUGCUGCUAUCAAGAAGAGAGAAGAGGAACAAAAGAGAUUAGAAGAUGAAAGAGCUGAACAAGAUCGUCUUUACCAGGAAAGAUUAGACAAGGAAAAGUUGGAGCGCGAAUCUUUGGAACGUGAAAUUGCAGAAUUACAAGAAGAACGUGCCAAGGCUGCUGAAUUGGAAAGAAAGGAAGCUGAAGAUGUUGCCCAGGCCAAGUUACUCCAAAUUCAAAAAUUAAAAGACGAACAUGAUGCCAAGCUUCUGUUGUAUCAAAAACGUUUAGAAUUUGAAAACUUGCAAAAACAAAGAUUGUCGGAAGAAGUUGAAAACUUGAAAAAAAUUAGAGCUCUUCGUGAAGAAAAACUUAGAUUGGCAAAUGAAACCGCCAAAGAUCCAAAGGUGGAAGAAAUUAAGAAGUUGAUUCAAGAUAGGGAAUUGGAAGUUGAAAGAUUAACCAAAAAGAUUGAAUUAGAUCAACCAGCAUUUGAAGCACAGCCUUUUUUAGGGAUUAGCAAUGAAGUUUCCGCCCCUGGAAACGGAGCCAUUCCAAAGUCUAAAGACGUUGUAAAUUCAAAAGAGUCAAAUGAGAAGAAAAAUAUUGGAACUGGAGCAGUUGUUGGUGCUGCUGCAACUGGAGCAGCUGUAGCUAGCACUAUUGGUGCUGUUGCGGCACAGGCAAACUCAGCUGCUGCUAACGUUGCAAAAUCACCUUCUAAAGCUAUCAAUGGAAACACCAAGAGCAGUGCACCUCCUCCUCGUAAAGGAAGUCUUUCAGACAAAUUGAAACUGUUUGGAAAGAAAUUGACCGAAGCUUCACCAACCAAACCAUCGAAGCAAGAACCAGUUAAGAAGAAAGAACCUGUACCAAAAAAACAAGUCGCCAAGUCACCUAUUUCCUUACCUGCUGACAAUGACGAUGCAUCAUCAUGGGAAAUCCAGUCUGUUUAUGAAUUGGUUUCAGAUAGUGAGUUUGAGUCACAUAAGAAUGAUCCAAAUUAUUUUGAAGUUUCCGAUGACGAGUUUGAUCAUCACAAGACAUUGGAAAAAAACAAGAACCUUUUUGAAAGGAUAGCAACAUAG